GAAACCGAGAGCGGAAGAAAUAAUUCGCGUGGUUAUUUCCACGCAGUUAGUUGGUGAUAGUUUUUAAUUUCGUCUUUAGUUUUUUGUUUGCUCUUGCUGUGGAGGAAGCUAACAUCUUCCUCGUUGAUCCUAUCCGGGACAACGCGAAACGAUGUCGAGUCUUUUGUUAAAUCUUCUCCUGAUCGUUUCACUAAUUUGCUUAGCAAAGGCCGGAGGUGGACACGGUGGACACAAACAUGUAAUCAUCCACGUGCCGUACAAGAUCAAGACCAUUCACCACACGCACACGAUCACAAAACACAUACAUCACGGCGGUGGCGAUAAAUACGAAGUACUCGGAUACACCGUAGGUCAUCCGAUCGAUCUCGGAGGUCACGGAGGUGGAGGUCACGACUUCGGAGGUGGUGGCCACGAUUUCGGAGGUGGUGGCCACGAUUUCGGAGGCGGAGGCGGAUACGGAGGUGGCGGCGGCCAUGAUUUCGGCGGUGGUGGUGGCGGCGGAGGACACGAUUUCGGAGGCGGGGACGAAGGCGGAUACGGAGGUGGCGGCGGCCACGAAGACUGGGGUCGUUAGAGAGACUUAGUUCUCGAAAAAAACAAAAGUAAUCAACACAUGAGAAUCUUUUGAAGCAUUAUUAUCGGCAUUGUUCUGCUCAUCAGAUUUAUUUAGUCUUGCGUAUUAAUUUUAUUAUAGAGAAAAAAAUUCUGUUUGUUGUCGUACUUACAGGGUUUUUUUAGGAUAAUUGUUGAAAAAUCAAGGGUCGAAUGUUUGUAAUUAUAAAUAUGAAAGUUCCAAAUACGCCAUGAAACGUAAUGAUAACUCAGAAGAGGCGUUAUAAGGUUCGAAGUGCACUUACGAUGCACUUUUACAAGGCACUUUUACAAGGCACUUUUCUUUGAAUUGUCUUCGAGGAAAGAAAAACGGAAAGCCUUCGCGAAUACAUAUGCUUGAAAGAGCUUGAACGCUACCACGCACGACACACUGCUGCACGCAUCGGUGCAACGAACUCGAUUUCAUGUUGUUUCUUGUAAUGUCCCUAAUAAUGCAAACUCGAGCGACUAAUUGCGCUGGUCUGUUCCGCGAAGAAUCCAAUCGAGCAUCUGUUAUUUUCGACUUUCGAAAAAAUUUUUGAGAAUAUUUUUUUCUACUUUUUUAUUUCUAGUCUGAGCAAAUUCUGUUAAAUCUCUGACACGUU